AUGUCGGACGGAUCAUCACCAGCACCAGAGUUGGUGUCCAUUGGCCAGAAGCCCUUCGAGGCCUUCGGUGCGCUCGGAGAUCUAGAGCUCGAAUUCGAGAAGGCGGAGAUUGAAGUUUCACCGUUAUACGAACGUCGCAACCCUCUAACCAGCCAAAUCCCCGGAUUCUGGCCGACGGUACUGGAAGCCACACCGGAUUUCGAUCAACACGUAACUCCCAAGGAUGUCCCCGCAUUCGCGACGAUUACAUCGUUAAAGAUUGUCAGACCCAAUCCUGAGGAACCUAGAGAUUUCAUCAUAGAGAUAGGGUUUGAUAAGGAAAGAAACCAAUGGUUUGAGGAUGAAGUUAUUAGGAAACAGUUUUGGUGGAGAGGGGUGGAAGGGGUUUGGAGUGGGUUGGUUAGUGAGCCUGUGGAGAUUAGGUGGAAGAAUAAUAAGGAUUUGAGUGAUGGGGAGACUGGACGGGUUUAUGAGGAGUGGAAGGCGAAGAAGGAGGAGAAAGAAGGGAAGGGGAAGGGGAAGGGGAAGGAAACUACCACUUCUACUACUUCUGCUAAGAACAGUGAAGAGGAGAAGAAAAAGAAGAAGGCGAGUUUGGAGGAGAGGUUGAAGGGAGGUCAGCCGAGUUUUUUCACGUGGUUCGCGUGGGUCGGGAGGGGGACCGAAUGGGGUAUUGAUGGGAAUCCAGUGGAAGAAGUGGAGGAGGAGGAAGAUGAGGAUGAUCAAGGGAAUGAUCUGUUUAAUCAUGGAGAUGAGCUGGCUCUGACGAUUGCAGAUGAUAUUUAUCCGAAUGCUAUCAAGUACUUUUUGGAGACUAUUACUGGCCAAGGGGAAUUUGACAGUGACAUGUCAGAUAGCGAGGAAGGGGACGAGGAGGACGACGGAGAGGAGGAAGAAGAGGAAGAUGAUGAAGAUGAUGAAGAUAAUGAGGAUGAUGGGAUUGGAAGCAGUCGAACGAAGAGAUUCGGUGCUACUGUUGAAAGUGACGAGGAAGACGAGGAAGAUGGGGGAAACAAAAGGCGCAAGAGGGUCAAGAAAUAG